UGCGAUCAUAGUAACUGUAAAACGGAUCAGCAAAAUCUAGUUAUACCUUUGAACCCGAUGGUCCUAUAUAAAUUCAAUUUAUAUUCAGGGUAGUGCCCAGAUGGCUCAUAUUUCGUCCGAAAGAUCUUCAGUACACAGGCUUUUAGAAGCUACCAAAUGCAAUUUUGCCGAUGUCGGCAUUGUAUUUUCUCAAACCACAGUUGACCUAGAAAAUGCAAGAAACAAUUCAUACAGAAAAAUGCAUUCUAAAAUUAGGUCAGCGUCACCGCUUUGCCGCUUCGCAGUCUCGCCCCCGGCAUGCUCAACGUCUUUCUCCCCCUACCAUCCGCCACCAGCAUCGCAACCCUCUCUGAGCCACCCCCAACGGCCGGCAGCUAUGAUGUUGGCGUCCACGGCAAGGUGA